UUAAUGUUACUUUGCGUGAGAUUUUGAGAUUGCAUUUUGUAUUAACAUAUGAAGAUGGAGGAUAGUGUGAGAUCAGGGGGUGGUGUACUGAAGAAGAAAAGCUCUUCUGGUUGUUUAAUUAUUAAAAGGAAAGAUGAUAGGUUGGGCAUUGGAGGGAUCAGUUCUUCAGGGGCUUCACAGAAGGUGAAGAACAGGCCUAUGUUUGUGACAAAUGAGUAUGAGUCGAGUGAUGAGAUAUCAGAGUCAAUUCAGCGAAAAAAUGGUCAAGUUUUUAGUAAUGGUUCUGUUUUUUAUGGAAGAAGUGGUGUUAGAGAUGGUGAAUUUGGUAGAAAUAUGAAUUUGUCCAAUUUUAACAAGCAUGAAGAAUGUGAUACGAAAAUGCAAUCGAAUGUGUAUGAUGAUGACAGAUUUAACAUGGUUGAAAGAAGAGGGGGUUCGAGAGAGUUUGGGAUUGAGUCUACAAGUGUAAUGGUUGAGAAGAGGAAGCUUUCGUAUAUGGAUAGUUCAAGUAGUUUUCCGGGUAGUAGGUCAAAGGGCGAUGGCAAUGGAUUUAAGAGAAGGUAUGGUUUAUUAGAGGAUGGAGUGCAUAUGCCCAUGUCAUUGCCAAGAGAAGCCUCUCAUGAAUCAAUCAGAUUGCAAGGGAAAAAUGGGGUAUUGAAGGUUAUGGUGAAUAAGAAGAAGAAGAUCGACUUCAGGCCCAAGGAAUAUGAUCCUGUGGAAAUUGAAGGUAGAAAAGGCUCUUGGUCGGCAGAUGUUGUCAAGAGGAAUUUUCAAGUCCGUCCAUCCUUUUACUGGGGUCCUAAACAACCUGAAAAGCAACCUUUGUUGAUUCAAACAGAGGGAAAUGAGCUGAAACCACAAAAACCUUUGUUGGGUAAAAGCACCCAUUUAGUGGCCUCUGAAAAAGAUGAGACUGAUACGUCACUAAAGUUGGCACCUCCUAGUUUGCAGCCUGCUAGCUCAGCAAUACGUGUGCUGAAGGAAGAAAGCAGGCCCUUGGCGUCUGAAGAUGUUACCCCUGCUAAAAGAAAAGAUGGAAAAGUGAAUCGAGGUGGGAGCACUGAGAAGCAGAAGUUGCGAGAACAAAUAAGAGGAAUGCUCAUUGAAGCUGGAUGGACCAUUGAUUAUAGACCAAGAAAGAACAGAGAAUAUCUGGAUGCAGUGUACAUUAAUCCUAGUGGAACAGCCUAUUGGUCAAUAAUUAAGGCCUAUGAAGCAUUUCAAAAACGAUCGGAGGUAGAUUCAGGUAAAAGCAAACCUGAUGGCAGCUCUUGUUCAUUUGCUCCAAUAUCAGAAGAUUUAAUUAAUAAACUUACCAGGCAAACACGGAAAAAAAUUGAGAAAGAAAUGAAAAAGAAAAGAAAAGACGUUGACCAGAGACAAGAUCCUAAACAGACUUUUGUGAGGGAGUCUGUGUUGGGCAUAUGCAGUGAUCAGCGCGAGAAGAAGUUCAAUAGCUAUAUAAUGAAGACAGAUAAGUUGCUGCAAGGAAAAUUACAUGCAUCAGACCAGGAGAGUGGGGAUAAUUCAAGUGAUAACUCAUUGCAGGCAAGGAGACUUAAACAGGAUAUGGCUGGAAAAGCAUCUGUUGGAGUUGCUUCUAAUUCAAUACAUGGAAGAAAAAGUAAAUUAAUUGGACGAUGUACAUUGCUGGCCCGUCAUUCUGACAAGGGGGAAAAUUCAGAUAGUGAUGGAUAUGUUCCAUAUACUGGAAAAAGAACCUUGUUGUCCUGGUUGAUUGACUCCGGAAUAUUGAAGUUGAGACAGAAGAUUCAAUAUGUGAACCGUAGAAGGACAACAGUAAAACUAGAAGGUUGGAUCACACAAGAUGGUGUCCACUGUGGUUGCUGUAGUAAAAUCCUUCCAGUUUCAAGAUUUGAGCUCCAUGCAGGAAGUAAACGGUAUCAACCAUUUCAAAACAUAGUUUUAGAGUCUGGAGCUUCCUUACUAGAGUGCUUGGUUGACGCAUGGAAUCAGCAAAAAGAGUCUGAUCGCCAGAAUUUCUACAAUAUAGACAUUGAUGGUGAUGAUGGUGAAGAUGAUGUUUGUGGUAUUUGUGGUGAUGGUGGUGACCUUAUCUGUUGUGAUGGUUGCCCAUCAACUUUUCAUCAGAGCUGUCUAGGAAUACAAAUACUUCCUACAGGCCUUUGGCAUUGUCCAAAUUGCACUUGCAAAUUUUGUGGGGCUGCUGGUAGAAACCCUGCUGAGGAUAGUGAGACAGUAGUCCACAAAUUUCUUUCUUGCUGCCUCUGUGAGAAAAAAUAUCAUAAAUCAUGCAGUUUGGAGAUGAAUGCUUUACCUGCUAUUUCCAAUAAUCCAUCUGGUACAUUUUGUGGGAAGAAAUGCCAGGAGCUGUAUGACCAUUUACAGAAUAUUCUUGGUGUCAAACAUGAACUUGAAGCAGGAUUCUCAUGGUCCCUGAUUCAACGAACAGAUUUGGACUCAGAUACUUCUCAUUGCCCCUUUCCUCAACAGGUGGAGUGCAAUUCUAAGCUAGCUGUUGCACUGGCUGUUAUGGAUGAAUGUUUCGUGCCCAUUGUCGACAGGAGAAGUGGGAUAAAUAUUAUUCACAACGUUCUCUACAACACUGGCUCAAAUUUAAGUCGGCUGAAUUUUCGUGGCUUCUACACUGCAAUUCUGGAAAGGGGUGAUGACAUAAUAUCUGCUGCAUCUAUACGGAUCCGUGGAACUCAACUUGCAGAAAUGCCAUUCAUUGGGACCAGGAAUAUAUAUAGGCAGCAAGGGAUGUGUCGUCGACUAUUUGAUGCUAUUGAGACAGUCCUCUCCACUUUAAAAGUUGAGAAGUUAAUCAUUCCUGCUAUAUCUGAGCAUCUGCAUACCUGGGCCAAGGUUUUUGGAUUCGAUGAACUUGAGGAAUCAAACAAGCAAGAAAUGAAAUCCAUCAGUAUGUUGGUGUUUCCUGGUACAAACAUGUUACAAAAGAAGAUACUGAAGAAAGAUGUGCAAGAGGCUUGUGUGUUACAGCAAAGUCAUCCUCCAUCGCCUGUUUUGGUUGAAAAAAGGGAUCAGGAAUCAUCUCUCAGGCGUGCCGGACAUCUGCAUGAUGGCGUAUGUGUGAACAUUGUCGAAAAACCUGAUGACAGGUUUGGUCCAAUGGAUUCUGACUCUCCAGUUUCUGCCGUUCAGUUAAGUGAUAGCACUGUGGUUAGAGCACAAGGUGGUUGUUGCAAGUCAGACACCCAAGUUUCCAGUAAGGAGGUGGAGAAGAAUUUUGCUGAAUCAGCCACAAAGUGGAUGCUCUCUUCUCCUCCAUCUGGCGCAAGUGACGGCAGGCCUGAUACUGAAGAUGCAGCACUAGGUCCUGCAAACAUUCUCAACUCUGGUAUAGAGCCUAUCAAUGUAAAAGUUUAGAAAGAAAAUGCAGUUGUUAUAAGUUAUAGCACCCUGGUCUUGAUUCAUUAGCUGAAGUUUCUUCUGGGAACAUGUCGGCAGAAAAAUAGCUUGAAGAUGCUUCUGAUAGUUCUGUCCACUAAUAACAAUCGGAAAGAUAUUUGGGUGGUUUCUGUAGAUAGCUGUUUUCUAGACCCUGCUGUCCAAAGUGCUUGAAAAGAAGUCAGCAGCAAUAGACAUGGUUUAACAUAUACCUU